AUGUCCGGAGGAAUCAAUGAAGCGACGUUGCGUCGCCUACAGCAGCGCUUAGUACUAGAAGGCUACAAAGACCCCAGCGAUGCUGGCAGUGAUACAGUCCGCAGUAGCCCCGAAGAAGCCGACCCUGCCAAACCGGAGGAACCACCGCAGCAACCACACGUGAUUCGACCGCACAUGGAUGAAGCCGAACGACUGCGGGAACAACGAGAAGAAGAACUGUUGGCGCAAUAUCGGAGGGACCUAGAACGACGCCGCGAGUCCAGUGAUCGACGCUCGACAUCUAUCACGGACGAUCAGACGAUGACCGACAGUGAGAUCGCCGAGCUAACGCAACAAUUUUGCCAACAAGCCGAAGCAGCCCUGUGGCAGUGCGAGUGCGGACACGAGUCUCCGUUGGAACACAACUUUUGCGGAGUCUGCGGAUUGAGUCGACCGGUCGAUUGGUGGUGCGAGAAUUGUCAAAUUGAGAAUCCGCACUUUCAUCACUUUUGUAGUCAGUGCGGUGCGCCCGAUUUGGAGUAUGAAGACAUGUCCGCAGCUCGCCGCAUCGCACCGCCCACGACCAUUCUACAUCAUCCAUCGGGAUGCGAAGCGUCCGUUCUUACAGAAGACGCCGAAAUUGAACGAGCGGUCGCCCGCAUGACACUGGCAGACCAACGACACCAUCCGCAGCCAUGGCCCGAUGAGGAAGAUGACGGAGUCACGUUUGCCGAUGAUGCGAAUGAUAUGGUCUCACGAGCCAUGUCACGACAACAGCAGCCGCAGGACGCGACGUUGCGUCGCCUGCAGCAGCGUUUAGUAGAAGAGGGCUACAAAGACCCCAGCGUCGCUGGCAGUAAGCAAACAACAAACAACCACCACCAACCCCAGGUUGGUCCUGUGGCGUCUGAAGAAGAACCACCGCUGCCAGCGCAACAACAACACCGACGACGACCAUCGUUGGGAGCCGCGUCCAAGGAUAGCGACAAGAAAGAGAUGCGCUUUACGGAUUUGUUGCGACGACAAGCAGAUGGAGGAGGAGCAGGCCGCCCAUUCCUAGCACUACCGGCAACACAAGAAGAGCAAACUAGCAGGAGCGGACAACGAUUUGGAACUCGCCAUGAUUUACGCACAACAAGAACGAAUGUUGGCCGAAUUCCAAAAUCAAGGAUUCUAAUCUAA